AGCGGUGACCCGGAAGAGGAAGCUGAGGGGAGGAAGGCGGCGGCGGCUGGUUUCUUCCGCCCUUUUCGGGGGCCGCUGUGCGGCAGCGGCUUCUCCCUCCGUCCGUCUGUCCGUCCGUCCCGCGGCGGGGUGCGGAAGGCCGCGAUGCCGGCGCUGCUGGAGCGGCCGAAGCUGAGCUCGGCCAUGGCCCGCGCCCUGCACCGGCACGUCAUGGUCGAGCGAGAGAGGAAGAGGCAGGAGGAAGAAGAAGUGGACAAGAUGAUGGAGCAGAAGAUGAAGGAGGAGCAGGAGAGGCGGCGGAAGAAGGAGAUGGAGGAACGCAUGUCCCUGGAGGAGACUAAAGAACAGAUCCUGAAGCUGGAAGAGAAGCUCCUGGCCCUGCAGGAGGAGAAGCAUCAGCUUUUCCUACAGCUGAAGAAAGUGCUUCACGAGGAAGAGAAACGUCGUCGCAAGGAACAAAGUGACAUGACAACUCUGACAGCAGCAGCUUACCAGCAGGGCAUGGCUGUACACGCAGGGGCCCACAUCCUCAACAUGCAAGGGAGCCCAGGAGGCCAUAACCGGGCUGGUACCCUGAUAUCCGCGGAUCGAGCCAAGCAGAUGUUUGGACCUCCGGUGAUCACGUCCCGUCACUUUGCCACGCAGUCGGCUUUCUCUGCCAGCACCGCUGAGCACGGGCAGUACCAAGGUGGGCAGUCUGGGCACAGCCCUUACGCCGUAGGCCAGAGCCAGCACACGGUGCCUGUCAGCUAUGCCAGCAGCCAGUCGAUCAGAGGCCCCUCUGCUUUCCCAACCAUGCAGUACUUGUCACAGCAGCAGCCUGGGUACACCAUCCACAGCCACUUCCCUGCUGCGCAGCCAGGUUUUAUUCCUCCAAGCACCACCAUCCCUCUACAGAAACAACUGGAGCAUGCUAACCAGCAGUCGGGAUUUACUGAUUCAUCAACCCUGCGUCCGAUGCACCCCCAGGCCCUACACCCCAAUCAGGGGCUCCUCCAAGCCCCCCAGAUCCCUGUCCAGAUGCAGACAGCGGCCAAGCCCAGUUUGGCUUAUACUCACCCAGCGCGCCCAGCUUCCCCCGGAAGCUUCUCCCACGGAACCGCUCCACAGCAACCCCACACAUCUGGUUUCCAGGCCUCCCCACAGCCAGCACCUCGGCACCCCUUCAUACAGCACCCACAACAGGGGCAGCGUUUCUACCACAAGUGAGCACCCUGCCCCCAGUUCUGGUUUCAGGCACCCCUCCCCACCUCCAGCGUAAAAAGGGGAGGGGGCAACCAUAUUUGACGGUCACGUGUGUACCUUUAUUCCUCUCUUUCCUGCUCCCACUGGUUGCUGAAAUUUUGUGAAAACAGAGAUUGCACUCUAAUACACUUUGAUUAAUUCUU